AUGAGUGCCUUUUCUGCGGAGAACGUCACUACGGUUUUCAUUCCCUCCGCUCUUCUCGUGGUUGGGACAUUCUUCGUCAAGAAUGAGUGGACGCCCUAUGCAGUCGCUGCAGCGGCCAUUUUCACUGGCUUCAAGCUGCUGGCGUCUGGCGGCGGUGCUCCCAAAGCGAGAAAGGUCCUGAACCCUACCGAGUUCCAAGACUACCUCCUGAAGGAAAAGAACGAGAUCUCCCACAACGUGUCCGUGUACCGCUUCGCCCUGCCCCGUUCCACCGACAUUCUGGGUCUUCCCAUCGGCCAGCACAUCUCUCUCGCCGCCACCAUUGACGGCCAGCCCAAGGAGGUUGUGCGCUCCUACACCCCCAUCUCCUCCGACAAUGAAGCCGGCUACUUUGACCUCCUCGUCAAGGCUUAUCCCCAGGGUAACAUCUCCAAGUACCUGACCACCCUGGAGGUCGGCCAGACCAUGAAGGUGCGCGGCCCCAAGGGUGCCAUGGUCUACACCCCCAACAUGUGCCGCCACAUCGGUAUGAUCGCUGGAGGUACCGGUAUCACCCCUAUGCUCCAGAUCAUCAAGGCCAUUAUCCGCAACCGUCCCCGCAACGGUGGAAACGACACCACCCAGGUGGACCUGAUCUUCGCCAAUGUCAACCCCGACGACGUCCUGCUCAAGGAGGAGCUCGAGAAGCUCAUUGCCGAGGACGAUGGUUUCCGCGUCUACUACGUUCUCAACAACCCUCCCGAGGGAUGGACUGGUGGUGUCGGCUUCGUUACCCCUGACAUGAUCAAAGAACGUCUCCCUGCUCCCGCUUCGGAUAUCAAGAUCCUCCUCUGCGGUCCUCCUCCCAUGGUCAGCGCCAUGAAGAAGGCUACCGAGUCUCUCGGCUACACCAAGGCCCGCCCCGUCAGCAAGCUCGAUGACCAGGUCUUCUGCUUCUAG